CAUCACGUUCACACGGGGUUCAUUCCACUACAAUAACGUCACAGCGAUUUCAGGCCAAGACGCUGCGCCGGCGACGCGUCGUAACGUGCGAGAAAGAGAGAGUGCACUACAUCGCUGAUGCCUGAUAGUGCACAGGUGUGCGCGCAGGCAGCCCAUCAGCUGUUCGACUCGCUCGUGCCCGUUGCUCGAAUACCGCGUGCAUUGCGGGCAGGCACUAGGCAGUCAGGCACAGGCAAGGCAGUCUUUGUCGAUAACCGCCCGCGGGCAGACGUGCGACCCCACCGCCCGUCUCACUGCGUCUCGCUACCGACUCGUUUCCCGCUGUCGACCGAAUCCAUCCAUGUGUUAGUGUGCAUGUUUGUGUAUCGUGUUGUCACCGACGCGGCGAUCGAGCUCUUUGUCUAAUUAGCAGAAUGACACCGCAAGAGGAGCGGGAGAGCUCGCGAGGAGCGGAGAUUGCAGACGCUUUUGAGGACGACAUGUUCGGUCCGUCGCGAACCGAGCCCGCCGCCGCCAGACCCAAACUUUCCAUGAUCUCCGCACGACUCCGCGCCAACGAGGAACGCAAGCGAGUUAUUGAAAUUUGCUCGCAGAAAUUGGAAAAUAUCGAGGAUCCUGCACGAGAUCUCAGACGCUCUGUGUGCAUAAAUAACACAUAUUGCCGUCUUAGUGAAGAAGCUCGUAAAGAAAAGGAAGCUAGAAGACGACGAGCGAGAGAAGAAUGCGAUGACUCAUGGAUAGGAAAAAAGGCUCGACGUGCCGUCGAGGAUGAAUGUCUCGCGCUUCUAGACGCAAUACCUGAACUAGGCGAUGCGAACCUUGGCUGCGCACAAUUAGCACGGCAGAUGCAAGAUGGUUCGCGACAAGACGCCCUUUUGCCGCCUGGACUUCUAACAGUGCUCGACUCAUGACCGCGCCGCACUGCGCACGUACACUCUUCGCUGUGAUGCCAGCGCCCCGAGUGAAGUAUUCACGCGAGCCGUAGGCGCUCGAGUCGCUGACCGAGUUUCCGGGCGCGUUUUGAACAAACUCGCCCAAAUGUGCCCGAUGCGUUCCGGAUCGCGGUCGAGCGCAACUCGCAACCUGACCGCUGGACAUCUCAUUGAUAGAAUUCUCGUUACCCCGAAACGGACAGUUGACGUUUAGCCAAUUCUUUGUUAUUUAAGAGAGGUACUUACUUUGUUAACGUGUUUUUAUUAUUUAGUGAAAGUUGCUCAGGUGCUGCCGACGGGCACGGUCCAAUUAGUGUUCGACGAUCACUUCUUUUAUCGGAGGACCAGCAGUGUGUUUUGUUCGCGAACACGUCGAGUUGCAAUUCAGACCAGGAGAUAAUACAGUGAGGACGUUCAACGGUUAACAUUGGAGUUGUAGAUUUUAAGCCAUAAUUAUUAUUAAUGCAUUAUUGUACUAUAAAUAAUUAAAUAAAUUCGUGAUUAAGGUAUAGUGCAAAACAUGUGGGAACGGUUGCGCAGAAUUUGUAGAUAUAUUUUUUAGUGAUUUGGAUAGUUUUAUUUCAAAACAAGUAACGUACAAAGAAUAUGCGUUCACGAGCUCAACUCUAAAUACAAUAUGUAAUCUUAAACUACAACAGUAUUUCGCAUCCGAUAAAAUUUGAAAGUAAAAGCCAAGUGUGCUUCGCUGUGAUGAGUGAGACGGCACGCUUAUUAAGAAAUACUUGGUGUAUAUAGUGGGCAAUCGAAUGUUACGUAUUAUCGUCGUAUCAUAUGCCCGUAACAAAAGAAAAAAAACCUUAUAAGUGAUGACGUGUGAUCGUCGUCGACACUCGACAACAGAUGAGCAUAAGUGACCUUACUCGUGUAGAUUUGCAAGGCCAAACGUUGGGCCGAAUACCCAACGUUUGAUCAAACGUGCAUUUUAAUAAGUCUGAUUUUACAUUCGACUGUUAUAAAGCGAUAUCAGUUUGUUUUAAUUUAUAUACUUUUUUAUGUUACCUUAUCUCACAAUUUACGCUUUGUUACCAUUAUGAUUUAUAAUUGGUUGGAUAUGCGAUCAUUACGUACUUAUCGUUACUUAGCGAAUACAUGUUAAAUGUGUUGUCAUUGUUAAUUUAUUUUAGACGAUUGAUUUAGUUAAAAAUGUAUCGGAAUGGUAAUCUAGAUUGUGCAAUUUUCAAGUUUCGGUCGGUACCUAACAUUGUGCAAUGGAAUGAGGUUGAAAUACUUUAUUAAAAUCUUAAUUGUCGCAAAAUAUAUUGGUAGUAGCCCGUUUCGCCCCCUCUGAAUAGUAAAUACCUGGAGAAGGGCAGGGAGUGCGGUGGGGGAAGUGGGGGCGAAAAGGGUGGCGGAGUGGGACGCACCGUUCCCAGUACCUCCUGUGAUAUUAGCCUAGCCUGUAUGUCGUAUUUGUAUUCUGUGCUAGUUUCCCCAUCCAACUUUUUUGGAAUUAACGCUGUGUAUAAAUAAUGUGCUUAUUAAAAUUGAUUCCUUUUCUAUAUCGGCCAUUUUAUACGGAUUAACCGGUUUUUCGAGUCACGUACCCGACGGUAGUGCGUUUAGAUGUUUUCUUCACUAUUGUAAUGAAAUGUAGUUGUUUCUUUUUUUGUAUGGAGUUUGUAUGUUGAUAAGAAUUGUAUAUUGUAAAUUUAAGUGCUUGUAUGACUUUGCCGCCGGGUAGCUUCCGGUAUUUCAUUAACAAAUUACGUCGAACUUUCAAAACUACGCUAUUCAAAAAAACAAAACUUGGUAGCAAUUUCAAAACGCGAUAACAUCAUCCCUUUCACUCAACAACGCCGUCCUUAUGAAAGAGUAGGACAAAUAUAAAGCCAAAGUUGCUAUCGAGUUGCUUUCUUGAAUACGUGUCCCAGAUCAUGUUCACUAGUUGUUAAAACAGAAACCAAAUGUACUUUUAAAAACAUAUUGUAAAACGCACAUAAUUAUGUAUUACGAGUAGAUUUUUUAUUAUUUCAUAAUUUACAAAACAGAGAGGUUAUCGUUUCAAGUAAUUUAUACUUAUGUUUUAUAGUUUAAUUAUCGCCUCUUUUAGAACAAGCCGUUGCAAUUUGUACGCGUAAUUUUAUUGAAAAAUAUCAUUGUUUUUAUUUAUAGUUGAACAAUAGUUUAUGUUGAGACAAAUAAACAUGUUUUGCAAUGUAUGAGGGGAAUCUAUUUGUUUGUAUGAAUGUAAUAAACAAAUUAAUAAAAAAGUCUUAAGUCACA